GAGUGGCUCACAAGCCCCGACACAGGCAGCUGCAAAAAGCAGAAUAUUUACGGAAACGCAUAUUUAAUACGGCACACGCAAAUGGCCUGGCGGUGUGUCACCCUGCCGUGCUGUGGGCUCGGCAGGAAGCGCCGGAGACAAGGAGAGGAUUCCUGGGCGGUAAUUCCUUUCUCUAUAUGCAUCGAUCCCGCGUUAUCCGUACAUCAGAUGUUUGCAGGGUAAUUAGCUCCCUCUCUUCCCGGCACCCAUCCUCCGUGCCAGCACAAUGCUCCGCUGGAAUGGAUCUAUAGAUAGAAUUGUCCCCGCGCCGAGAAUAGCUGGGACCUUUUUGUUAAGAUGUUAUCUUCUCCCAGGAAUUCAAACACGAGCGGAGCAAUUUCCAUGUCAAGGAUUUCUGCCGGUCUCAUUAUCGUGUGAUACCUGAGGAGCAGAGCGCGUUAAUGGGGGAUCCGCCCGCAGUCAGGCUCAUCCCCGCACGCAGCGCACCCGGAGCCUCUGUGAGAGGCACAGGAAGAGCUGCAAUGUCUGAAAUGCAGCUGCUGCCAGCGCUGCCCUCCUCAGAAGCCGAUCACCUGGGUGAGCUGCGCCCUUUCCGCCUGCCUCAGCACGGCAGCAGCUGCUGGGCUCCAGCUUCAAGGAGGAGCCUUGGGGUGCCAGGUGCCCGUCCAUCCUGGGGCUGUGGAGAGGGGUGAGUCCCCUCAAUCAGCACCCAGUGUGUUUAAUGGAUUGAAAAUAUAAAAAUAAACCAACCUCAUUGUGCAAUAUUACUGCACUGACGCUCAGCUUUGGGCACUCCCUUAAAUCCUGGCCCUUCACAGCACGAGCACAUCUCCCUGAGGAGCAGGGGAAGAUCCCACUGAAUCUCCUCAGGCUCAGAAUUCCAGGACCUGGGAGAGGGAAGAAGCCCAGGCUGCUCCUGUCCCGGAUUUGCAGUUCCCUCUGCACAGUGGAUUUGCCCAGGAGGAUUCCAUCCGACCCAGCAGAUCCAGCGGUGUGUGGAUGGCAUGGGGGACUCCGGACUGUCUGAUUUACUCCCGUGCUUCUAUCAGGGAUAAAGUGAGCGUAUAAAAGGCAUUAAAUUCGAGUUCAGCCCCCAGCAGGUCCGGCUGCUCACAGCGAAAGUCACCCUGGAGAGGAUUUGCCUGAAGAACUGAUUGAAAUAUUUACAGGUUCAUUUUCUCUGCGCUUCGGAGUGACCAAAACGAGACGCUCCUGUCCUUUGCCUCCUCACUGUGUUUGUAUUCCACCGUUAUCCUCAAAGAAUGAAGCACCAUCUCCCUGGCACGUGUUCUGCUUCAAAUCACGAGACUGGAUCAAAAGUCUGGAGCUCCUCUUUGGCUGUCGGUGGUGGGAAUUCCAAGAUUUUGCUCAGAGGACGAGAUCGUGUCCAUGGCCGACUCCACCGCCACCAUCGACGACAUCGAGGGAGAGCUCUUCAGGAUCGAGCGGAUCCGGGAGAUCCUGGUGCGCAGGGAGUCGGAGCUGCGCUACAUGAUGGACGACAUCCAGCUCUGCCAGGAGAUCAGCCGGCUGAAAGCAGAGCUGCAGAAGCUGCUGGCGCUGCCAGAGAACCAGAAAUCCAACGAGGAGAAGCAGAGGGAAGAGGAGCUGGUGCAGCAGAUCCACAAGCUGGUGGAAACGCGGGAUUUCCUGGUGGAUGACGUGGAGUUCGAGAGGCUCAGGGAAAGGGAAGAGGACAAGGAGAUGGCCGAGUUCCUGCAGAGCAAGCUCUCCCACAGCUACCUCCAGAGAGCAACUCCCGCCCGAGAGAAGAAGAUGACAUCGAGGGGACAGCAAACCUCGGCUCCCUACGUGACCAAGACGGGCCUGACCCUGCUCAAGGAGUGCUGUGGCUUCACCUGCUCCGUCAUGUAGGGCGCUGCCAGCCCCUGGCACAGGACACGGCCGUGGUCUGCAGCCAGAGCCCACUCCCUGCUCUCCUCCGAGAGACCCAGCGUCCGUCAUUGUCCACAAUUCCCCUGCAGCAGCAGCCGCAGCAGCACCGAGGGCCCCCGGGCUGGCCGGGCGUGUCUGGGUGCUGGCACAGCCCCCGGUGUCACCACGUCCCACCUUGGCCCUGAAGCCGUGACAGCAGCGGGGAGCCCACGGCACAGGAUGGGGCACCCCGCACCUGGGCUGAGGGAUAGAAACCGCUUGGAGCUGCCGUGUGGGGACCAUCCUGCUCCGCCCUGGGGGUGUCCAUGGGGUGCUGUGGCUCCAUCCUGGAGCUGAUCCUGCCCUGGAGCCCAUCCCACCCUGGGCGUCCCCCAGAGACUCUGCAGGGCUGCUUUGCUUGGCCCACGGGGAUCUGCUUCGAUCCACUCGCAGCAAAGGCUCCUCUCUGUCCUGCCUCCCCGGUGAGCGACCCAGCCAGGGAGUUUGGUGGGGCUGAGAGGGAGCCAGGGGCCGGGAAGAGCCCUGGAUCCCAGACUUGUCCCCUCUGGACCCAGCCUGGGCUGGAAGCAGUGCUGGAGCAGGCAGGAGGACGGGCAGGCCGUGUCUGUGAGCCCCUCCUGUGUCCCUGAGGCUCCUGGGGGAGGUUCCGGCUGCUCCCUGGGCACAUGGAACUGCUGGAACUGCUGGGGAAGGAGCCCAGCCCACAGGAGCGACGCUGGUCCAUGUGCAUUGAUCUCAAC